CGCCACGUGGUGAGGUUUGUUGAGAUGAAGUGGCUGCUACUGGGAGUAUGUUUGGCGGUGUUCCUGGCGACUGUGCCGUGUGCGAGAGCCGAGGGAACCCCGGGAGAGUGGGAAGUAACGCUGGCCAACAGGCAGCUGGACCUCACCACUCACCAGGCCCGCCAAACGCUCACACUAACCCUCAAGAAUGCCGGGAAAAAGAGUCUAGGAACCUUCCUAGUCGUCGUGGACGCCGCUGUCGCCGGGAAAGUCGCUUACUUCGGCGCUCACGAGAAAUCUGAUGCAGAGGAUCCCCCAGCUCUCCCGAUGGCCCCUGCAGUUAUAAAGGGGAAGAAGGAUGUUGGAGGGUAUGAAAGUGAGAAGCAGUUGGUACAGUUCUCGGGGAAUGCCUACAUCCUCUCCCCUUACCCAAUCAAAACCCAGAGUACCACCGUUGUCCUGGCAACCUCCACCAUAGAGUCGUUCUCACGGGUCGCCCCCACCUCGACGACCGCUAACGAGGUCACCUACGGUCCCUAUAGCGACAUGGACCCCUACAGCAGUGCUAGGAUAACGAUCCACUUCGAGAACAACGGGACCUUUUCUGACGGUGCCAUUCUGCGGGGGUCAUACUCGCGGUUCGACCACCAGAGAGUGCCAAACAGUGGAGCCAGCUCAGUGAAGAGCUUCAAGACCAUUCUCCCUGCCGCUGCGGCUGAUGUCUACUAUCGCGACGAGAUUGGCAACAUUUCCACCAGUUCCCCCUCUUUGGAGGGUGGCAGACGAGGUACUACAUUGGCUACAAUCUUCCCGUCCUACGAGUACCUCUAUCACUCGGGGAGUCAGUUCCUGCUCAACAUGAGGCUGGUCGACCACGUCAUGGACGACCAGCUGGUGCAAGAUCUCACACUCAGAAUUGUCCUCCCUGAAGGAGCCAAGAACAUCGUAUUCGAGGCACCGUACGGUGUGGAGCAACAACCAAACGAUCUGAUGCAGACGUACCUUGACACCGUGGGCCGACCGGUCGUCGUGGUGACGGCUAACAACCUUGUGGAGCAGCACAUACAAGAUUUUACUCUAACCUAUGAGUUUCAGACGUGGAUGUUGCUACAGGAACCGCUACUGGUCAUUGUAGCACUCUACGGCUUCUUCCUCCUCAUUAUCGUCAUCGUCCGUCUAGACUUCUCCAUCACCAAGGAUGUUGCUGUGUUGGCACGGCAACAAACGUCGGUGAUCCUGGAGAAGAUUCUGGAGGCGCAUGACCGCCGCUGGAGCAUCGUCGGGCAGUACGGCGAGUCAAUCUCCUCGUUCAAACAGAAGAAGAACAAGGACGAGUUUGCCAAAUCUCGCAGGAGUCUGGACGACAAGUUCAAGAAGUGUUCCAGCGACAUUGGGAAACUCGGCCGUGCGCUCCAGGGGAUCGAUACUGAGAAGAGUGCUAAGGCACGUGUGACUGAACUCCAGAAGAAGACUGUGUCUCUGAAAGAAGUCGUCGAUGACAACUGCACCCUCGCCGAGAGGCUCGUAUCCGACCGCAUCACCAAGUCCGAGUAUUUGAACAAGGAAAAGGGGAAUACUUCCAACGUGCAGCGUCUGGAGGGCGAAAUAAACUCCCUCGUAAAGGCUCUCAACUGA